AUAAAUGGAACCUGAAAUACUCUUGUUGUUUUCACGCAUCAAAGUUAUUUACUUGAAUUUUGUCAUAAAUAUUCCUCCAUAGGUAGUCUCUGGCAAGGCCUAUUUUAUGAUUGGUACGUUGAGUCACGCGCAUGCUCAGUUGUGACUGUGCGCGUCUGUGGUGGAAAGUUGAAGAAAAACGUGCUCGAAUUUCUGUGCAAAGUGGCUGCUUUAAUUUGAGAAGCUUCGAAUUCACCAUCGGGCAUCUUCUUCUGAACUUUCACCAUCGGGCAUUUUCUACUGAACUUUCACCCUUGCAAAUCUUUGGCUAUCAUCCGGUCUGCCGAAGAUUCACCCACCAAAACACAGGACUUGCACACCUAUGGAGGAGUACUUAUGACAACAUUUUAAAAAAUGCUAAAUACGUAAGGAAAACGGUGAAAUGGGUUUUAUAAGUAAUAACGGAGUACAAGUUAAUUUGUCACAAUUUUGUUGCUUAUUUAUUUUAUUUUAGUGACAUGCAGCCAAUGUGUAAAGAGAACUGUCACUUUCACUCGUCAAACUUUAGAGGGCGGGUUGUACUGCGUGCUGACUUUUGAUUGGUGAAUCAUCCCGACAGUGAAUGUGUUUUGACUUGUAUCUGAUUCGCACAGUCACAACUCUGAGCAUGCGCACGAGCCGAAUGCACGUAAACGUACAGAAUUCCCGUGUGAAGUGGUGACUUCAAGAAACUCCGAAUUCAUCGUUAGGUGUUUGUAUCUAAAAUGUCAGCUGUAGCUGUGGCACUUGAAAGUUUACAUCCCCUCUACCGAAGGUUCACCAGUUAAAACACAGGACUCGCUAGAUCGCUCCCUCUCAACUUUGACGGGUUAAAGUGACCGUUUUCAUUUCGGGGCUUAUUGUUGCGUGUGGUGUCAUUGAAGUAAUUAAAUAAAUACAUAAAGAAAUAAGCAGCAAAUAUUUCAUGUCACUUUUAAUUAUUUAUACUCACGUUCUAUGUUAUUGUCACGUUUCACAAUAGUUAUUUUAUUUUCGAAUUUGUUUCCUUUUUCUGUUGGCCUUUUCUGCGUCCCGAAUAUGAGCCAACUAACCGGAGUGUGUGUAAUUCAUCUUUAAUCCACUAGAUGGCAGUAACAGGACACGGCUGCUGAUCUCCGUGCGCCUUUCAAACACAAAGAGGAGAGGCGAUAGCCGGAAGUUACCGUUUCGCCCCGCCCACAGAGGAGUCUGCACGUGCGCCGUUCUGGGCGGUCCGGUGUGCGCUUGAAGGGCCUAACGGCAGCUGGCGAGCAGGGAAGAUGGAAGGUGACGCUUCUUUCGUGGAGCGCACAGUGAGGGAAGCGGCGGCGUUAGUCGUCGGUCACUUUUUAAUGGCUCUCGAGAGCGAGCCGAGCUGUUCCGCGACCAGGCCGUGCUUUGGCGAUGACCGCCGCCGGGUUCUCCGAGAGCAGCUGGCCGCCUCGGUGCAGGAGGUGCUCAGAGCGGCGGUGGACGGCGUUCUGCGAGAGUUUAGGCGCUUCACGGACAAGAGGAACACGGCACUGUGCCUGGAGAUCACCGAGAAGGAGAGAGAAGUUCAGCAGCUCACCGAGCGUCUGGAGACCGUGGAGGGUGAACUGAGGCUGGCGAGGCGACGGCUGGACUCUGCACGAGCUUCUCCCCCAAGGUCUCGGCCAGCAAACGUCGGGGAGAAGAAGCUCGAGGGCGAGGUGCGUGACACCUGCCUUGAGGGUCUGCAGCUCAGACGGGACAGUGUGCCCUCCAGUUUGGGGCGAUCACAUCCGAGGAGAGAAGGUUUAGUGGACAGGACGAGCUCAGUAAACGGCGAAGAAGGAGACGCACCAUUCACCACUGAAAAUGAUUCGUAUAUCAAGCUGAUAUGUGUUAAGGAAGAGGUCCAGCACCAGGAAAUCUGUAUGUCUGACACUGGGACUCCAAAUGUGGGCAUUUAUGACAAAGAGGAGGACGAGGACGACGACGAUGAUGACAGUUGUGGCAGCUUUGAUAAAAUCCUCGUACAUAUUAAAGAGGAGGACAGCAACCAGGAAUCCAUCCCUAGCCACACAGUCGACUCCGAGGUGGAGUCAGUCCACAAUUUAAACAACGACUAUUCUGUGCUAAAUGCCCUCUCUGUUAACACUGCCCAGUGUGGCUUUCACAGAAGGGGUGGCACCGCGUCUCACUUGCUGGCUGUGAACACUGAGCAAGUCACGUCGGCACUUUGUUGUCCCCAAGAGGAUUCUGAGAACAGUAAAGAUGGGGAUGGACCUUCCGCAUUCGUCUCCAGAAUGGUGCAGACAGAUUCAAGAGAAUAUGCAGCACAUUUCUCUUCUCAUUCAAAGCCGGACAAUGAAGAUUGGCCGUCAAGACAGGGUAGUGUUAGAGACUCUAAGCAGCACAGUGCAGUGACCUCAGGAGAUGCUGCAGAAAGCUGCCAGUGGAUUGAAUAUAUCGUGACGGAGUCGGGAAGUGACUUAAAUGAGUCUGGAGCCGUUGAGAAUCCCCGCCGAGUCGAUGCUGGAAAGCGGCCGUACUCCUGCGAUGUUUGCGGGAAGUGCUUCAGAUGGAGAGGCGACGUUCAGAAACAUAAAAAAAUACACACCGGGGAGAAACCGUACCCCUGUUCUGAAUGUGGGAAGCAUUUCCGGUGGAAAGGAGAUGUUCAGAAACAUAAGAAGAUUCACACGGGUGAGAAACCACACGCCUGCGACGAGUGCGGGAAGCGUUUCAUCAAGAGAAACCACCUGAUUCGGCACCUAAAGACUCACACAGCGGAUAAACCAUACACUUGUGCGCAGUGCGGAGAUAUGUUCAGAUGGAAGUUGUCUUUUCAUAAGCAUCAAAAAAUGCACGUUGUCGAGCGGCCCAGUUGUUGCUUGGCUUGUGGAAUGAAGUUCUUAAAUAAGCAAGAUUUCUUGAUCCACCAGCAGAGUCACAGUGGUGAUAAACUGCAUCCUUGCCCAGAGUGUGGUAAACGGUUCAAGUGGAAAAGUGACGUCAAGAAACACUUGAAAGUUCACACUGGAGAGAGACCGUACGUCUGUAGCGAAUGCUGCAAAGCGUUCACCAAAAAAAGCCAUCUAAACAGGCACAUGUUCAUUCAUUCAGAAAUCAAGCCGUACACUUGCAAUGAAUGUGGAAGUCGGUUCAAAGGGAAAGUCACUUUCGAGAAGCACAAGAAAACUCAUCUCUGAAAGGAGGAGGAAGCGGCAGCACCGUGGAGUGUUCAGGUUCAGUUUUGGGAUUGGCUAGACUCGUAGACGGCUCCAAACCUUCCUUGCUUUUUGGGAAUUGAUGGAAAAUUGCUGAUCUGAUUGUAUGUGUAAGUUUUGCUGUCAAUCCUUUAAAGUUCAUUUGAGACAUAAUCAGAAUUUUGGAUGAGAAACUGGAGAGUAACAGAACUAUACAUGAAACAUCUGAACACUCUGAAGGUGUAGUCUAAAAUGACACUUAUUGUUCCCAGCAGCUGCGUGACGUUCGGCUUCCACGUGAACUUGUGAUUUACUGCCUUGUAGAAACUAGCAUGCAUAGCUGUGUAAAGUAGUAAAGAGGCUUGACAGUUAUGUUUUUAAUUUUCGUUUUGAGUAUAUCCCUGGUUUUAUGAAGUCUGUACGAUUCCCACAAAUUUCUCAAGUACCUUCAAAUUCUCCCUGGUGAGUGAACAAGUUGUGAGCUAUUCAUAAAUGUGUAUACACCAUU